GUUGUCUGAGCGACUGCAGUACGUCGAGCAAACGAUUGGCGAUUCCUUGGCCAAGCAUGCCCAGGAGCUGGCGGAUGCCCGGGCGAAGCUGGGCGACAUGCAUGCGCGAGUGUCGCAGUGCGAGGUCCACGGGGAGCACAUCGACUCGCUAAAGAAGUCGAAUGCCACCAUGGCCGGCAACAAGGCCAAGCUGGAAGAGAAGCUCGAGGAGCAUCACGCCACGCUCAACGAGCGUGUGAAUGCCCUCGAGAAGGAGCUGGCUUCGACUGGGGCCAAGGUGGAUGCUGCGCACAGCCGGGUUUCCGACGAGCGCACCGCGCGAGAGGCUCAUGCCGCCUCUUUGGACACGCUGCACAAGGCUCAUAACAGUCUGCAAAGCCAAAAAGCGCAGCAGGAUGCCGUCCACGCGUCGCUGAGGGAGCGUGUGGAGUUCCUUGAGUCUUCCAUCGGAGACAAUGCGGACAAGCACGGCAAGGCGUUGGCCGAGCUUCGAGCGUCGCACGCGAAGCUUGUCACCGAUUCCAAGAGCAAGGAGACGGCCCACUCGUCGUUGACCGAGCGACUCCAGUACAUCGAGCAGUUGCUGGGCGACUCUGCUUCCAAGCACGCUCAGGAGCUGGCAGAUGCCAGAGCAAAGCUGGACGACAUGCAUGCUCGCGUUUCCAAGUGUGAGGUGCAGGGAGAGCACAUCGACUCGCUGAAGAAGGCCCAGAACUCCAUGGCUGGCGGCAAGGCCGCCCUGGAAGAGCACCACGCCUCCCUGGCCGAGCGAGUCGGCUACCUGGAGAAGGCGCUGGGCGACUCUGCCGACCGACACAGUGCGGAGUUGGCCACCACCAGAAGCAAGGUGGAAUCGCUGCACAGCCGACUGGGAGUGGAACAGCAGGAGCAAAGCCAGAAUCGUGCCAAACACUACUCGCUGGAGGAGAGGCUGAAUUUCGUGGAGACUUACCUGGGUGAGUCCAAAGAGAAGCACGGCUCCAGCUCGGACAGCCGCCUCGAAGGGAAGCUGGAGGACCUGAGAACCCAGAUCCAUUCGGAGCGCAGCACGCGCACGCGCCAGGGCGAAGCCAUCAGCGAGCACUUGGAGAGCGAAAAGCGGGCCCGGGAGGCGCUCGAGGAGGCCGUCGCCCACCACAUGGCCAAUCAUAGGCAGACGAUGGAGUCCCACGAGAAGCGCGUGCAAGAGCAGUUUGGUCACGAGCGGAUGGCUCGUGAGCGCCAUGUGGAGCACGUAGAGGCGCUGGUGAAGCAGGAGAAGGACGCGAGGGGCCAGCACCACGAGAUCCACACGGACCUGAUCAGCAAAGAGAGGGCUGCCAGACAACAGAUAGAGGAGCUCCUCCAGAAGGAGACCCACGAGCGCAGCCGGCACCACGAGACCAUCGGCGAGCGGGUGGACUCCUUGCAGCGAACGGUAGGCAUCUUCGACACUUUGAUGCGCAAGGAGAUCGAAGAGAGGGGACUGGAGAUACAGCGUGUCUGGGAGGCCAUCGACGGCCACACUCAUGACCUCUCGUCGAAGACGAAGGAAGGAAGCGACGUGGAGGAGAUUGGCGAGGUCGACGGCACGGAGAUCUGCUUCAGGCCGAACCGCUCCCGCUCCGGUCCCUCCCUGCCCGGCCUGGUCAGCAGCCCCUCCGUGCGGUCGGUGCAAUCCGGAACGAGCACGCCUGUCAUGGUCUACAAAGGGUAUCCCCAGGUGAGGCAAGGCUCUCCGAUACCCCAAGUCCUCCCGACGGCUGCGCAUGAGCGGAUCACGGUGGCGACACGGACCUAUCCCGCAGUGGCCGCGCCAGUGACAACGACGCAAACCUACUGCGUUGCGAGCCCUCCGAUUGUGGCUCCGAUAACG